CCUUAGGAGACAAUCAUGCUUCUUCUGCAUCAAAGAGACAGCGCCAAACAAAACCCAUUUGUAUCUUCAAUAUGAGCUUGUACAUUUCAGAUUUCAUGCACAAUGUUUUUUCGUAUUAUUGAUUUGAUGUUUGGCUUGCAAUGGGAAUUCAUUAUCACUGUUUUUUUCCUUUUUUUUUUUUUUCUCAAUAUUCAGCAUUUGGAUUGUUCCUAUCACACUUUUUUUUCCAAGUAGAGACUUUGUUUAACGUAUAAUACCCUUUCCUUUUAUAACAGUAAUAUAAUAAAUAAAAUCGAAGAGUUUUUUCCGCCAUUACAGAGAAAAAGAAACAGUAGAGAAGCAGCGCUAGUUGUUAGAACAAGGUGAAAGUUCUCAUGAUUUGCAUAUCUAACUUUUCCUUUCUUUUUCCCUCUCUCUUCAUUCACUCAAUUCACAAUUCUCUCUUCUUUCCUCUCUUUUUCCCUCCUCUUUCCCAACCCUAAUUAUACCCUUUUAUCUUCUUGACCUGCCCAAAUUUUCUUCCUUUUCUCCUUUUCUCCUUUUCUUUUUGGUCGGUAUCUUCAAAGCUAACCCUUUCUUGGGUUCUACGUAUUUCCUAGGUUCAGAGGUACCCUUUUAAUCAUUCUAUGUUUUAAUUUUUAAUCUUUUGAACUGUUCCUUUUUUUUUUUUUUGAGUUUUAACUGUUACUGUGCUUUACUUUUUGAUUCAAAUUCUUCUGCUAUGAAAAAAAAAAAAAAAUCUUUGUACUUUUAGAGUUUUGCAUCUUGGUUUUUAUUGCUCUUGCUGGUCUGUUUGUUUUUGAGAGGAGGUAAAGUUGCAUGAUUCGGUAAAGUUUUGCACGUGGUGGUUGGUUGCGUUCAUUAAUCAAAAGCCUUGAUGUGGCCAUGAGAUUUCAGUUGAAACUCAAAGUUAAGAGUUUGUUAUGGAUAAGCUUUCAAUGAAAUUCAAUUCUUGAUAUAAAGGCAGUUGUUGUGUGGCUUUAAUGUAUUCUACAGUUUCGGUAGUGUUACGCUUCUUUAAUUUUGAAAAAAAUAAAGAACUUUGAUAGUACUUAUGGCAUAAUUUGUUUGAUGAAGUGUAGUCGUUUCGUUAGUUGUUUUUGGUUGCAGAAGGGAAUGACUGUUGGAUUAUUCACGUCCCUUCAUGGAAUUGUGCAGGAUCGUGCUACAUCGGUGAUUGUUUUUUUUUUCGUGGCUUCUAUUUCUAUGGAACUUUGUGAUUGUUGUAGAAUUUGAACUGUGUUUUGAAAUUAAAAAAGCGUUGUUUGACUGGCCAUUCAAAUCUGAGAACCAUUAUGAUCCUAGGUAAUCUUGAGGUAUACGUGAGGUUGUCUUGUUGCUCAGUUCUAAUCUAUCUUCGAAAUACAUAUUCAGAAAUGGGUUAUAGAGCAAGUUUGCAUAAGGCGUAGUUCUCUCGUGUAGUCUUUGAGUUGAAUCGCAGAAAAGAUGGAUUCUGUACCUAGUACUUCUGAAAUUGUUGAAUGUACUGAUGAAUUAGAUGCUGAAUUGAAAAUGGCAGAGUAUGCUAAGAAUCACCAAUAUAUGCCAAAAUCAGGAAAUAAGUAUUCCAUAGAGGAUGAUAUUAAUCGUCUAUUUGAAGCAAUCGACAUUAGGACAUCUUCAAGGGUUUCUGGUUUCUCAAGUGAAAUUGGUAGAGAUGCCUUGCGAAAGAGUGCAAUGAAAAGACCAGUUAGAGUUGGUUCUUCUCAAGCUUCAGGGAUUGGAAUUUCUGAACCUGUGAGUUUGAAGCAGGCACUUAGAGGGUUGUGCAUCUCUCAGGCAUCAGAGAUGGCUGCUAUGAAGAAAAGAUUAUCAAAGCCAGCAGGUUCUUCAGGGGUCUCAGAAGCAGGAACCAUUAAAAAGUUGUACAGGGCAGUAGUGGUUGAAGCAAAUGGAUCUGGUAUUCCCCUAAAUAAAGGUAAAGGGAAUUUAGUGGAAAUCUCCCUUGUUCCUGAAAAAAUUAUGUCCAAUUCUUCUGACAAGAUGACUGAAUCUUUGCAAGUGCCAAACAAUGAGGUUCUCAACCAAAAUUCCCGUCCUUUAGAUAAUGCAACAACAGAAAAGGCAAUGAUCACCAGAUUAUCAUCCCCAGAUCAGAUUGUUCCUUUGGUCUUGGAGUCUGAAAGUGAAGUAUCAAAAGCAGAACUUAAAAAACUAAAUUCUAUAGAUUCUUCCUCUAUUAAUCAUGCUGCUGAGGAAGCCCUGGAGAUUGGUUGUUCCUCAAUCCAGGUUUAUGUUGAAAAUCCUGUGCCUCAUAUGGAGCCAAAGGGCAAGUUGCAUGCUGAAUCUUCUCUUUCUGUUUCUGGUGCUGCUGGUAAGGUGAAAUCUGUUUGUGAAACUCCACGUCUGAUCAAGCCAGUCUUUAGGAACAAGAGCUUUAUAAGGAAGAAAGCAAAGCACGAAUCAACUUCUGCUGUAAGCAGUUCCAAUUCCUGUAAUGGUUGUCUCAGCAAUGAUCUUGGUCCUAGUACUAGUUAUUCAGAUAGCCAAACACAGAAGCAUGCUUCAGGCAAUGGAAGAAAGGAAAAUAUGAAAGUUUCUUCAGUUUCCAGCAGUACAAAUCACAGCAUUGAAGUUAACUCAACCAUGGAGGGUUCAAGUUUCAAAUCAACUUUGAGUUCAAACUGUAAUAACAAAUCCAAGGCCCUGUUGACCAAAGCUGAUGACAGAUCAAGAUCAAGGGAAAAGGGAGAGUUUUCCCAGAGCUCGAAAAGUAGCAUUGGGGAGUACAGUUGUAGCACAACUACUAGUGACGAAAGCAAUAUCAGUGGGUCUAGUCGAAGUGGUAGCAGACCUCACAUGUCAAAAGAUUUGAGGUGGGAAGCUAUUCGCUCUAUUCAGAAGCAGCAUGGAAACUUGAGUUUGAGGCACUUCAAGCUCCUCAAGAAGCUUGGUUGUGGGGACAUUGGGACUGUUUAUCUUGCUGAGCUAACUGGUACACACUGCUUAUUUGCUUUGAAAGUGAUGGACAAUGAUUUUUUGUUGAGCCGCAAGAAGAUGCCUAGGGCACAAACAGAAAAGGAGAUAAUGCAAAUGCUGGAUCAUCCUUUUCUUCCCACGCUAUAUGCCUAUUUUGCAACAGAAAAACUUUCUUGUUUGCUUAUGGAGUAUUGUCCAGGUGGAGAUUUGCAUGUGCUACGACAGAAGCAAUCUGGCAGGAGUUUCUCUGAACAAGCCGCAAGGUUUUAUGUUGCUGAAGUCCUCCUUGCAUUGGAGUACCUACACAUGCUUGGUGUUGUAUAUCGAGAUCUAAAACCAGAAAAUAUCCUGGUCAGAGAAGACGGUCACAUCAUGCUCACAGAUUUUGACUUGUCACUCAGAUGCGCUGUUAAUCCAGUGCUGCUUAAAUCCGCUUCACCUGUUGCUGAGCCUGCAGAGAAGAUGUCAAGUCCAUGCUCUGAAUCCAGCUGUAUUGAGCCUCUCUGCCUCAAUCCAUCCUUUCAAGUCCCAUGCUUCACUCCUAGGCUUCUAUCUCUUGCUUCCAAAUCAAGGAGGAUAAAGUCUGAACUAGCUACUCAGAUUAGCCCCAUGCCACAGGUUGUAGUGGAGCCAACCAGUGCGCGGUCAAACUCGUUUGUUGGAACGCAUGAAUACCUUGCUCCAGAAAUCAUCAAGGGUGAGGGUCAUGGGAAUGCUGUUGAUUGGUGGACGUUUGGAAUCUUUCUGUUUGAGCUUUUGUAUGGUAGAACGCCAUUCAAGGGUUCAGGAAAUGAUGAAACGCUAUCCAAUGUGGUGUCACAUAGCCUUAGGUUUCCUACUAGCCCUAUAGUUAGUUUUCAUGCGAGAGAUUUGAUAAGAGGGCUUUUAGUAAAGGAACCUGAGAAUCGGUUAGGAUCAGUGAAAGGAGCUGCGGAGAUCAAACAGCAUCCGUUCUUUGAAGGCCUAAAUUGGGCUCUGAUACGAUGUGCAAUACCACCUGAGAUGCCAAGGUUCUGUGACACUGGUAUCUGUGUGCCAACAGCAGCUUUGCAGAAAAAGGACAGCUCCAAAGGCGAGGAAUUGCAGUGCACAGAAGACCAUAUGGAGUUUGAUAUGUUCUAGCUGCAUCUUAUCUGAUGUGGAAAGGAAAGACAUUUUAGUUUUCUUUUUACCGGUGAGGCUUCUGAUCCUGUUGUAACUGAUAUAUAUUUAUAUAAAGCAUAUAGUGUAAAUGUAAUUCAGAAAAUGGGCGGUAAGUAAGUUAUUACUUUGAUAUAAAUAUACGGUAGAGCCAGUUGAGUCUUCAAAAAGUGCUGUACAGCAGCGUCUUGAUUAUCAUAGCAUUCAUUCGAUCUUUAUCGGCCGCACCACUAUCAUAACCUGACAAGGCUGUGUAGAAGAAUAUCAGUGUAUACAAACAGGUAUUGUUCGUUUUGAUUUUUUUGAAUUUAUAAUUUUAUCUCAUAAAAAAUAUUUCAU